CGUGCACAGCCGUGCCAGGGACGCCCAGCCAGUGUCCGCACGACCAGUCAGCUAGCCAACCAGCUAGCCAGCGCCCGCAGCUGCCAGGCAGCGCCCGUGAGCGCAGCACUUGGCAGGCCGCUGGCCGAGCCAGUAACCGACUGCCCGAUUCAGCCGACCGGCAGUCUGGUCCAGACCGGUUCAGACCGGCUGGACCGGUUCAGUCAGCAUUUUUCAGUCUCAGUCCCGGUUCAUGAUUUUAGUAUUAAUUUCU